UCUCUCUCUUCAUCUCUCUUUCUCACUCCUCCUGGAGAUAAUUAUGGGAGAAGUCAACGGUAUAACAUCGUUGGAAGAUUCAGAAUAAGCAAAGGAAUUGGUCUGUCGAGAAAAACCUCUCUGAAUUUAAGAGUUAUGGACAUCCACAGGCAUCAGAAGAUCAAAGAGAAGUACCUUGAAGAACAAAGUCCAGCUUCCUCAUCUCCUUCUUCAGCAUCUUCAUCGCCUUCUCAUGAAUUUUCCUUCUCAGUUUCACUCCAAACAGACAAAACCAAAACCCCAUCUUCCUUCACCAUUGAUUUGUCUCCAGCAGAUGACAUCUUCUUCCAUGGCCAUUUGCUUCCUCUCCACUUCCUCUCUCAUUCGAGAGCCCCUCCCCACUGCUCAACAAACUCCGUUGAAAGCUCUGCUCUUCCCAUUGGAGACCUGCCAAGUGACAAGGAGCCUAACAAAGAGAUAAGCAACUUCACCAAUUGUAAGAGCGAUGAACAUUAUCAAAACAGCAACAGAGAUACAAGAGAAAAACACAAGUCAAGAUCUUUCUCUUUGCUUGGUUUAAGGUGGAGAAAGGGGUAUGAAGUUGAAGAGGAAGAAUCUAAAGAGAAGCAUCUCAAACAGAAGUUCGGAUUCAAUUUCAGCCAUUUAUUGAAGAGAUAUACGAAAAUGGUGAGGCCAUUUUUACACCCUAGAGGGAGAAGAGAUGAUAUGCAACAACUCCACGGACAGUCUUAUUCAUUUUCAGGUAAUUUUAGUUUUAGAAACAAGCCAGAACAGGGAGGAAGAAGAGGUGAGCUCUCAGCUCCAGUUUCCAAGAAAACAUCUCCAACAAAUACAACACUUCCUCCUUCCAAUAAUGAUAGCAAAAUGGAGGAGUUGCAGACAGCAAUUCAAGCAGCAAUUUCUCAUUGCAAGACCUCAAUAUUGAAGGAAGAGAGUUAAAUGUUAAGGGCAUAUACAAAGGAUAGAUAUUGUUCAUAUUCUGUUUCUGUUUUUUAGAAGUUAUUCAUCAUACUUACUUUUCUGCAUUAAUGUGGUAUGUACGAGUAUAUAGACAAAGGGAUAUCAAAUCAGUCCAGAAUAUAAUGUUCAUAUUCCAAUAUUUUUUGAUCAUGUAACUUAAGAGGUGUUUUAUUUGACGGGAUGUUCAGUUUUUUGAGUUGUUUAUAUUUUAUGCUUUCUUAUUUUGACAACUAAAUAUAGUAGGUCUGAACCCUCAUAGGUAUAAUAAAAGAAGAUUGAUCAAAAGUGUAUUAAGUUUAGAUGUACGUUUGUAUUACAGUGGUAACUGAAACCUAUAGUGAUGUGAAAAAAGAAGCUCUGAUUUGAAGAGAGUUCAUGGUUAACAUUUUGGUUUUACAACUGGGGCAUGGCACUAAGCAGAUAAGGAUACAGAAAACGACACAAUAAAAGGUGAUUGAUCUACUAACCUUCAAAAGAAAGGGAAAUGUGAACCAAUCUAUCAGCGACCUUGUGA